AUGGACAAGUCAAUGGAAGAAAGAUUGGCACGGGCGGAGGAGAAUCUGGCGAGAGUGACGCGGGCUAUGUCAACAGCAGCGAACGCGGCCGCCACGGCAUCCGGACUAGCAGGACCAUCCAACGCACCAACGGGGUCCAAUCAAACCGGACUGCUAGAUUCGAUAGAAGAGGAGCCUCUGAACCCUAAGAGGACGAAGGCAGGAGCGCAGACGACAGGAGGAGCCUCCCUAGCACUAACAACGGAUCGGCCCAGAGGGAGCGCAGAAGAAGAUGAGGAGAACCUCGACGGAGUUGCAAUACUCGAACUAGACCUAAGAUCGGAAACGGAGGACAGUACCUGGCAACCAAACGACCAGGUCAACAAGGGGAAAGAGAAACGAGAGGAUUCUCCCUCCGAGGAGGAGGAGAGCAUGAAAGAUGAUGAUAUGAAUCUGUCACGAGAGACGUGGCAUCAGAAGGAUGUGUGUGGCAGUACAUUAAGUCCACGUGAGACCCUGUCGAGUGACAUGGGCAAGCUGUACCAGCUGCUAAUCGGUGUUGCUACGAGGCGGUUAUAG